CUAGGUUGUUUGGCACCGUUGAUUUUCCCCAGAGCAGCGAAGUGCAGCAGUUCUGUUAGCAUAUCCAAUGUCACCUGUUGCUGCAGGACAGUGUCGGCGGGAUCAUUUUCAGGAUGAAUCAUUGACUGGAAGAAAGACGAAAUCUCAGUUGGAAAAACCAAACAAUGGAUUAAAUACUGCUGGUUCAGGUAGUUGCUACAUCAAGACUACUUUCGUAAUAAAUUGUUGAAUGUUAACUAUUUCUAAUGCACUUAAUGAUUACUUCUUAUAGUAACAACAAGGUGUAGCACUUUAUUACUGGGACCACCCAACAAAGCAACCAUCCAGGAAAGUAUAGUGCCAUGUGGACAACAUGCUUCCAAACUAGAUUGCUGAAGGGAAGAGGUGAAUAGCUUUAUAAGUUUGUAAAGAUUUACCCAAGGGCCGUGGCUAAAUUAAUGUAUCCACAAUUCGCUAUGUGUUAACAACGGAUGCUAUGGCUAUGAUAUAGACAUGAUGCAAUUUAGCCCAACAUAAAGUAGUUAGAAUAACCUAAACUAAAACCACCCGAAAAUUUCACGGGUUUCCUUGAACGCCGGCGAUGUAAACAAACCAGACUGUAUGCAAUGUACUUCCGGUGAUUAUUUUCAAAUUAAAACUUUACAAAUGUAAACACACACUGUAAUUACACUUUACAACGUAUGAUAUUUCUGAAAGAACAGUAUCACAAAUAACUAAAUAAUUGUUGUAAUGGAGCAAUGGUCAGCAGUCUCAGAACCCGGGAUCUGGGUUCAAGCUGUUCCUUUGAGUGGUCGUGGCUCUAUGUGUGGUGUUUUAAUGUUCUGAAUUACAGCUUUUAUGCAGUAACUGUUAACUGUUACCUAACUUGGAAAAAAAACUAGGGGCAGAUAAAAUAAUGAUGUUUUAAGUGUGGACAAUUGUGUUGUACAACUAUAUUCUAAACAUAGGUUCUAAAGUGAAUAUUUAAAAUUACACUUUUAUUUUGAUGGGAAACACAACGCUGUUCCGGGUUGUGAUGUGCGCUCGGGGUUGGUCGAUGACCUGUGCAGUCAAACGGCCUUACCAAUCGAUUGUGUAACGUAAUGGGUUUCAAAUUGUAUGUACCGCGAACUACCUCACACCAGUUUCUACAAUCGUGUCAACUUCGAUAGAACGAAGGGUAUCUCAAAUAUAAAUUGUGCAUGCCGCAUGGUUUUAAGCAUGUCGACAAAGAAAUUGGCUAAAGAAUUGGGAUUACUGAGGAAGCGCCGCCAGGCCACCGAAAAUAAGGCAUUUAUUGUCUGUAAUCAAAUAUUCUCAUACUUGAUUGUGAUUGACUUUGAGUCCACAUGCUGGAGAGAGAAAAACAAUUAUGGCCAAGAAAUAAUUGAGUUUCCUGCUGUUCUACUCAACACGUCCACGGGGGAAAUAGACUCCGAGUUCCAUACCUACGUCCAGCCACAGGAGCAUCCAGUUCUCUCUGAAUUCUGCACUGAGUUGACUGGCAUUACACAGAGGCAGGUGGAAGCAGGGAUUCCCCUCCACAUCUGUCUCUCUCGGUUCAGUCGCUGGUUACAGGCCCUGCAGCUUCAGAAAGGGUUGACCUUACCAGGGGAACGAUCAUCAUCCACUUCUUCAGCCCUUCAAAAGCCUUGUGCCUUUGUCACAUGGUCCGACUGGGACCUUGCCGUGUGCCUGCAGUAUGAGUGUAAGCGCAAGCAGCUCCACAAACCUGAUGUGCUUAACAGCUGGAUCGACCUCCGAGCCACCUACAGACUUUUUUACAGUAGAAAACCCAAAGGGCUGAAUGGGGCGUUACAAGAUUUAGGGAUCCAGUUUUCCGGACGAGAGCAUUCUGGUCUGGAUGAUUCCCGUAAUACUGCUCAGCUGGCAUUGAGGAUGAUGAGGGAUGGCUGUGUGAUGAAGCUCACCAGAACGCAGGAGAGGGUGAGUGGCUGCCUGACAACCCGUCCGCUCUUCCCCCCGCUACUAACCGCUCCACUGCUUGUCUCCCCAAAGAAUCAUGCCAGGCGCCAAUGAAGCCCAAGCCCCUGUUCGGAAAUGCACCCGUAGAAAACAAGGAAAGUAAAGAAAACAUGGCUCCAGAUGAAAAGACGCUGUCCAGCGAAGAAACACCGGCAAAGAGAUCACUUCAGAUAAAAACGUGUUCAAAGACCAAUGUUCCACUUUCGGACACAAAGAGAAACGGAAAUCCGAUACAGGAACCUUUUCAAGAAUAUAAAAGCCUGGUCUCUCCCAGGACCCUGCUGAAUGGUACAACGACACCUCUGCUGGGGAAGGGCACUGUGGCGGGUAAAAAGACGACCAUGGACCUUUUCUCUCCAGUCCUGGUAAAUGCUCCUUCACGCCGGGACAAUAGCAACAGCCUUGUUCUCUGCUCCACCACUGUGGGAUCCAUAUCACACCAGCCGCAGGUCCGUCCGACCUUUGAACCCCAGACAGCGAUGCUGGAACACACAAAGGACGGCACGGAGACGGAUAUCUCGGUGGACACGGAGGAGUGGCACGGAUGUUAUGACUACGAGGUGUUGGAUGGGGAUGAUGGUGUCAAUGCCGAGUUGUAUGAAUCACUUGAUGCAAACGACAAUAGCGGGGAGAGUUCUUUGUCAAAAUAUGUAAAUUCCUCCAUCCGCAUACCUCAUCAGAUCAAUGUAAUUGCAAAGAACAAGACAGUUUUUGUUAACAGAAACGGAAACGGCCCGAAAUUAGAAGCUAGUUCCUUAUCUAAUAACACUAAGCCAUCUUCUUUGGUCUGUGUAAAUGAAAUAAGACAGCUCCCUCAUGCCUCAUUGGCAAAUAGAUCAGCUCUAAGAUCAAAUUCAAUAACAUCUAAUCAACCUAAAGUUGUUUCCAGUAAUAUUCGUUUACAUGUUCAAGAUAACUCAAAGGCUUCUCAGAAUAAAUCAAGAACAGGGAACUCGUCCUCACUCAUCACACACAAGGCCAAUGUCCAAGAGAGGACUUUGGAAUCCUACUUGUUGACAAAGCCCACACCAGUCAUCAUUCAGCACCAUGCAACCAGACCAUGCUCCAAGAAACCCAAUGGAAAGGAGGCGGGCUCUUUUAUCUAUAGCGACCCAGCAGAAAAUCCCCGUCCUACCUCCGCUCAUUCUCCGCACCCCACAGAGUGCCAUCCCCUCUAUCUCAAGCAACCCCAUGUCCAGUCGAUCUUGCCCGUUGACAACCACACGUUCAUCCCUCCAACAUCCAUCCAGACCAUGGCCGCCCAGGAUCACUGCUCCGCUGUGCGGAUGUGGACGCCGGGCGAAACGGCAGACCGUGUGCAAUGGCGGUCCCAAUCAAGGACUUGGAUUCUACUGCUGUCCAGUGCGCCGGUCGGGCUCCGGGAAUAUGAUUCAGAACGGCUGCAAGUUCUUUAAGUGGGAGUCCGCGCUGAUUAAGGACCACUCACCGGCCAAUUCAUGUGUCCAGUCUUCGAUUUCUCUGCAUGUUCUUCGUCGUCCGCAACUGUCGUCAACCUCAAGGAAGAGCUUCUAACUAACUUGGAAAAUGUAAUAUUCAUUUAAUUAACUAAAGUAAAAAAAAAAAAGGUUAAAUGGUAUGAUGCAAAGGAAGGAUUUGUUUACCAAAUAAUGGUGUAACGAGUUGCUGUUACGAUAUGAAUUAUGUAAACGAAAUAUAAUUUAUUCAAUUAGCUUAAUUAUUGUAGGAUACAUUGACAAAAAUAAUAAACCAAAUAUUGUCUUUUUUUUCCUUUUACAAUGCUUUUCAUGUGUAUAAAUAAAUCAAUUAUUUUUAAUACA